CAGUCUUUGAAUUAUUAUUAUUUCAGUCGUUGACAGCUGAAAUCAAUCCUGUUCGUACCUUUCAUCUCUUUCUAGCACAAACAUUAUCCUAACUUUGUACAUGUAUAUAUUCCUAUCAAGCCUUCAGCUAUUUGAUCCUAAAAACAAAAACAAAAAAAACAAAAACCAUUCAGCUAUUCAUUAGGAGAAAAACUAAAAGAUUUUCUCCUAAAAAAAAAAAAGAGAAAAAAAAGAAAAGACCACUGUCUGAAAACAUGGCCAAGAUCAUUGUGCUAUGCUGUUUAAUCAUUCUUGCUGCAUUUGGAUCUGUCAAUGCGCAAAAAAUUGGGUUCUAUGAGCUGCGAAAGGGUAAUAUCACUUUGAAAUUCACCAACUGGGGUGCAGCUAUUGUCUCCGUCAUUCUUCCUGACAGAAAUGGAAAGCUGGCUGAUGUUGCUCUUGGGUUUGAUUCAAUUCAGGAAUACGAGACGAAUAAACGAAACUUUGGCGCUGUUGUUGGACGAGUUGCUAACAGAAUUAAAGGCGCUCAGUUUACUCUGAAUGGAACGGUUUAUAAACUAAUUGUUAAUGAUGGAACAAAUAACACAAUUCAUGGUGGUCCUCAAGGAUUUGCUCAUGUUGUUUGGAACGUGACAGCGCAUAGUAAUGUAGGUCAUACUCCUUACAUUGUUUUCACCUAUCACAGCAUUGAUGGUGAUCAAGGAUUUCCUGGUGAUCUCCUUGUCACUGUCAGAUAUGCACUCAUUCGACACAACCUAUUUAGUAUCACAAUGAAAGCCGUAGCUCUAAACAAGCCUACUCCAGUGAAUCUGGCACAACAUGUAUACUGGAACCUAGGUGGCCACGACAGUGGAGAUAUUCUGUCUAAUGUGAUCCAGAUAUUCGGAUCCCAGAUCACAGCUCUUGAUAGCGAAUUUAUUCCCACCGGAAAAUUUGAACCAGUGAAAGGAACACCUUAUGAUUUCCUUGAACCACGCCCGAUUAAAAGCAAGAUCAAUGGGCUAGCUAAAGGUUAUGAUAUCAACUAUGUGCUUGAUGGUGGUGUUGGCAACAAGUUGAAGAGGGUAGCAGUGGUUCAUGAUCCAAAGUCAGGAAGGGUGUUGGAGCUGUCAGCAAGUGCUCCUGGUGUGCAGUUUUUUACAGCGAACUCUCUAAAUAUGACGGGAAAAGGAGGAUUUGGGUACAAACCACACGCAGGACUAUGUUUGGAGACACAAGCAUUCCCUAAUUCAGUCAACCAACCCAAUUUCCCUUCCACUAUUGUGAGCCCUGGAAAGCCUUAUGAGCAUAACAUGCUCUUCAAGUUUUCAACCAAUUAAACCUCCAUCUGAUUAGUCCAAUGUAAUAAGGUUUGUAAACGACUAAAUUUUGAUUUUGAAAUAAAAUCAAAUGAGUAAAAUAGUUUUACAACCGUGAAUUUGUAUUGA